AUGGCGCGAAUAGCUCGCUCUCUCUCUCUCUUUCUCUCUCUCUUGCACUUUUUCUUCAUCGUCAGUGACAGUGAGAGAGACGACGACGACGACACUACCUUGGGCGUCAAGGCUGUGGUUGCAUUUACCUCAACUCCAACACCAUCGACCGUCAUCAUGGCGUCCUCUCAGGUGCUGGACCUGUUGACCAAGUCUGAUGGCAUUGGAUCGCACUGUGCCGCACUGUCGCCGGACAUUCCGAGCGAGGCUUUGCUCAAUUUUCUCCCGCUGGGCAUGCGUGUGGCGCAGAUGGACAACCUGGACAAAGACUAUCGCUACAUGGCGCUCAACGACCUCAUCUCAUUGCUCUCUGCCAAUGUACUCACCAUGGAUGAGCGUCUCCAACGGCGCAUGCUCAAGCAAGUGCUCAAGCUCCUCUCGGACACUAAUGGCGAGGUUCAGAAUUUGGCCGUCAAGUGCUUGGGCGAGCUCAUCCCCAGCCUGCUGAGCCCCCUGGUGGUGGAGACAGCCAGUGCUCUUAUGAACCAGUUUCUGCAAGGCGAUGACCAGACACGUGAUAUCAAUGGCCUCGGCCUGAAGACGCUUAUCAUUCAGGUACCGAGUGGUACAAGCACAACUCAGCAGGUCGUGGCCGCCAUUGUCCCACACCUUUUGGGUUGCACGACCUCGUGCGCCGGCUCGUCAAAUAUCCCGCCUUGGUGCAAGCUCAGCGGUCGUGGUAUCCUGCAGGAGAAUGACAACAUGGUCCUAGAUGCGCUCGAUCUGUUGAUUGAAAUCACGCGACGCCGUGGUAUCGAGGCUCAGCCUCACCACAACACCAUGACUGAGGUCCUCAUGCAAACGCUCAAGCAUCAACGGUCCUUUGUGCAAAAAAAGUUCGACGGCAUUGUGACAGAUAUUCUGACUCACCUUAAACCCAUGAAGCGUGGCCAGCCCGCUGCUCAAAUUUACAUUUCCACGCUCAACGUUCUCAGUCGUCAUAGCGCCUUGCGUCUCGGAGCCUACAUGACGGAGCUCUCUCAAGUUCUCUUCGAUCAGGCCCAAGCGGAAGAAAUGGACGAGCUCGUGGAGGCGUGCCUCCAAACACUCGAGGGCCUUGCUCGCAACGCCCCCACCGCCUUUUCAGCCUUUGCGCAGCGUGAGUCUAAAUUGGAGCAGCAUCACCCUCGCUGCUCUGGAUGUGCUUUCCCUGCAACUAGUCUCACCGCUGUCUUUCGAAAUGGCGUGGCGCUCCCUUUUGACCCAGCCUCUGUGGCUUUGUGCGUGGAGAUGGUGCAACACGACCCCAACUACAGCUACGACGAUGAAGACGACGACGAUGAUGCGAUGGGUGAAGAUGAGGAUGACGAGUUUGGCGACGACGAUGAGGAUUACAGCGAUGAUGAAGACGCCAGCUGGAAGAUUCGUCGGGCAGCAGCCAAGUGCCUUGGUGCUUGCAUCACCACUCGUCCAGACAUGCUGAUGGAUCUAUGCACCACCCUUCUCGACCCUUUGACCACUUGCUUCCGCGAACGCGAGGAGAACGUGCGCAUGGACAUUUUCGCAACCUUUGAAUUGUUGCUGAAGCAAGUUCAGCUGAGCAGCCAGGACUCCAGCGACGCCUCAGCCAUGGCCGUGGAGGACUCGCCUUCGCAAGCUUUGAUCCGUGCAACCCUUCCCAAGGUGCUACGCACGCUUCAAAAGCAGUACAAGGCCAAGAAUCCCAAAGUGCGCGAAGCCAUGCUUCAGCUCCUCACGGCCGUGACCGAAACACUUCAAGAUGCGUUUGCCAACGCCUUUGGCACAUGCCUGCAGAUCAUUGAGUUCAUGUUCACGGAUGAGAGCAACACAACCAAUGUCAAGCACUUGGCAUUGACGUUUCUAGCGCGCAUGCUCAAGACUCAUCAAGCCAGUGCAUCUGAAGACCACAUCGGCAGCAUUGUCGAGAUUCUAUCCAAGGCAAUCAAGGACACAUUCUACAAGAUUACCGCCCAAGCCAUUGGCGUUGCUGGUGUAUUGCUGCCCGUUCUGCGCUCCAACACGGGUGUGCCGUGUGGUGAUGCAGUCAAGUCGGCUGUGCGUCAGCUGGUGGAAGACGUUUUUGCUCUUUUGCGCGACAGCAGCUCGGACCUAGAGGUGCGCCAACGCAGUCUGCGAGUUGGCGGUGAAAUCAUCGCCCGCUUUGGUGACAUCAUCACGGACAUGGUGCCUGAGCUGCUCGACGUCAUCAUGUCGCGCAUCGACAACGAUAUUACGCGCGUGGAAGCUGCCGACGCCAUCGCCACAAUUGCCCAAUCAUCGCUGAACAUUGAUUUGGAACACAUCUUGGUGCCAGCACUGGAUACGUUCUGCAGCGACCUCAAGAAAAAGGGCCGUCGCCUGGCCGUGGCAGCAUUGACCACCAUCAAUGUUCUCUUGAAAACCUACGGUUCUCGUUUGCCAGAUGAUACCGUGGUGGCGCUGAUUACCGAGGCCAAGACGCUCUUGCGAGGCCAAGACUUGCAAAUUCUGGCAUUGACGCUCACCAUGGUCAGGUUGAGUGCUGAAAGCAAGCCACAAAUCUUUGGCAUGCUUCUGAACGAGAUUCCCCUUUAUCAGCUGUGCCAAGAGCUCCUUUUGUCAGGCACCCUGCAAGGCAAUGCCCUCAAGGCAACGGCUGCGUUGUUUGGUUCGGCUGCAGCCAGCGGCGUUGCUGGAACUGAAAAGAUGACGCUGGCUGCUCAAUUGGUGCAGCCUGUCGCACAACCCACUGGUGCACCCAACGCCGAUGGCCUGUACUUUCCCAAACAGGCCUUGACCAACGUGGGCGUGGUGAUUGCCGGCAUGGUUGCACACGACUCCAACGAAGGCGUCGGAAUUGUUCAGCGCUUUGUUGAGGACCUCAAGGGUGACAACGCAUCGUUGAAGUUGGUGGCAUUGUCGGCGAUUGCCCAGAUUGGCUUCAAACAAGAUUUGAUGCCGCUUGGUGACGUGCACGAGCACAUUAUUCGUCUCUUCGAGUCGGACAAUGACCAACUACGAGCAGCCGCGGCAGCAACGCUGGGCAACAUGGCCUGUGGCAAUCUGAGUGCAUACCUGCCCAUCAUCCUGGCUCAGAUUGAAACUCACACCGCGUUGCAGUACCUCUUCCUGCGAUCAUUCAAGACGAUCAUCACGGACAAGACUUCUUCGGCCGAAGGCUGUGAGGCCCUGCGCCCGCACAUUGCCACCAUCCUUAGCGUUCUGCAGGCCUAUGCCGCCAACACUGAAGAGAGCAACCGCAGCUUGGUUGCCGACUGCCUGGGCAAGCUGGCCCUCGUUGACGCAGCCCGAUUGCUUGGCUUGAUCGUCAGCAUGGCUUCGCAUGAGGAGGCCUUUGUGCGAGCCACUGCGCUGCACGCCGUGCGAACAUUUGUGGGGGUGGCCGACGCAGUGGGUGAGAGCGUGCUCAAGCAGCACCUGCAGGCCUUUUUCGGCCAUAUUGGAGACAGUGAAAACCUGGUGCGCCGGGCUGGUAUUAUGGCUUUCAACGCUACGUUGCAGCGCAAGCCCUACCUGGUUCUGGAACAGCUAGACGGUCUUCUUCAGCUCGUUUAUGCCGAGACCAACUGCCGCCAAGAGCUCAUUCGCGAAGUGCAGAUGGGCCCCUUCAAGCAUCGCAUUGACGACGGACUAGACACUCGCAAGGCGGCUUUUGAGUGCCUCUUUACCGUUUUGGAUGUGUUUGCGGAGCGCAUUUCAGUGACAGCCUUCUUCAACCACGUGCUGGUGGGACUUGAUGACCAUGACGAUAUCAAGAUGCUGAUGUAUUUGAUGGUGGCUCGAUUGACGAGCAAAUUCCCUCUCGAGAUGCUGCAACAACUGGACAACUUUGCCGAUGCUUUGGCCGCGACCAUUAAGACAGAGAUGAAAAAGUCCACGCAGCAAGAGCUCGAGAAGAACAUGGAUCUAAAGCGAGGUGCUCUGCGCGCUGUCAACGCGCUUAACAAGCUCCCCGGUAGCGAUAAGAACGACAAGUUUGUCUCCCUCGUGAGCUUUGUCAAGGAGAGCGACCUGCAGGGCGAGUGGGAGGCCAUUCAAAGCCAACAUUUGACGCAAGGGGCGUCCACUGCCAUGGACAUUGGUCUGUGAGUGGUGACCCCGGCCAAGCAAUGCCCCCGGGCCCAGCAUCUGUGGUUCAAAGCUCGAGGCCAUGUUGUUGUUUGAUGGGGACACGACGAGAUGUGUGGACGGUGGUCAUUGUGUGACAUUAUUGUGCCUGUGACAAAUGAAUCGAUUUCCUCC